CUCAUCUCGGGAUCGCGGUGUCGCGGGAUACUGCGGCGCUCCCGACCGAAAAGCUCGCGCAGGCUGUUCUGACAAAACUGAGCAAAUGUUAGUCAUCUCAAGCCGGACAAUCCGCAUGGCUUUGUCUGGUUGGUGAGAUGUCGUGGCAAGCCCCGGAACAGACGGAAGUUCGGGGCCAAACGUUGGUCAACGGGGCGGGAUGACGUCUGCUGGGCUACGCGUUUAAAUAACAGCCAGUAUUGAACUCAGCUGAGACUCCAGAUAAUCCCGUGCGUGAUAUCGUGUCUCCUUUGUUUUACGCCUCUCAUACCAAUAGACACCCUCGUCGAGAUGCAGAAAGUCAAAGCCAGACUGCCGUCAUGGGACACGACAAAGACCCAAAGCAAAAAGGGCUUUGAUAAAGUGUGGGGUUGGGCUGACAAGCUGGGUGCACCAAUCAAUCGACUUUCCAACCGUAUCGGCAGUGAGGCAUUCUGGCCUACGACUCUGGACAAGGAGAGCGACAAGGCCGCCAGAAUUUUGAGAUCCUUUUGCAAGGAUGGCUUCUAUACCGAGGAGGAAAAGCCGGCUGAUGGCGAACAGGCUGGUCCCAAGCAGAAGCAGCGUGUCUUGAAGAAAAUUCCCCAAAAGGUGAUACAGAAUGCUGUCGGUCUUGCUAUCUUUACUACCAUGCGAACCGGCCUCUGGGUAUCUGGGGCCGGCGGAUCCGGAGUCCUCGUAGCCCGAAACGAGGAGGAUGGCUCAUGGUCUCCUCCAUCUGGAAUCCUGCUUCACACAGCGGGUCUUGGUUUCCUCGUCGGAGUCGAUAUCUACGAUUGUGUUGUUGUUAUCAACAACCGCAAAGCCCUGGAUGCAUUUGCUAAGAUCAGAGCGACUCUCGGAGGAGAGAUCAGUGCUGUUGCCGGACCCGUCGGAGCAGGCGGAGUGCUCGAGAACGAUGGCAAAUGGAAGCAGGCGAACAGACCAGUCUUCACCUAUCUGAAGUCAAGAGGAUUUUAUGCUGGAGUUCAAGUUGAUGGUACGGUCAUCAUUGAGAGAACAGAUGAAAACGCUCGCUUUUAUGGACAGGAGGGCGUUAAAGUGGCAGACAUCCUAGCUGGUAAAACAAGUCGACCUCCCGAAAUCAAGAUGCUCAUGGAGACGCUAAAGGCAGCCGAGGGCCGAGAAGAUGUCGACCAGCAAUUGAUGGAAGAGUUGGAAGGACAACCCGCGCCAGGAGACGUCGAUGUCGAGGCUCCUGGUGAGGGAACAGUCUUCGGCAUUCCGGACCCAGAAGAUCCCGAUCCGUACGGUGUUCUCGCCCUCGAGAAAGAAGGCCUUGAGAUCCGUGAUGCCGCAACUCACUCAAGGCCAUCAAGUCAAGCCUUCGAGUACAACCCCAGCCCCAACAGCCCGACGUACAAAAAGUUCUACAGAAGGAGUCUAGAAACCGGAACGAGGAGCAAUCGAGACAGCUAUGCCUCAACGCCGAGCAGGACAUAUACGACAUCUGAGGCUAGUACGCAGACUGAACCUGUCCUGAUAACGCCCAUCACAAGUAUGACACCGGAGGAUAAGAGUUUGAGUCAUCCGGAGAAGCUUGAUGACGACAAGUCAAGCAUCUACGAAGAUGUUCGGCUGGAGGAUGACUUUCGGUCGCCGUAUGAUGGAUCAUCACAGUCGCCGUAUACUACCAUUGAUAGCUUCAUCACACCGCCUCCUGGGCCACCACCACCGCUGCCCGCUAGAAGUCCUGUUGCAUAAUGAGAGUGUUGGAUAGAGAGUAUUUAUAGCCGGGCGUAUGGGUAUUGGAGAAAGAAUGGAAUUAGACAUGCAACGUUAGUGAAUUUAGAAACUACAUCUCGUACCCUUCGAUGCCAACCAUCCGCGUUAAG